UUCGUGCGCAGCUUUCGCUGCAUCCCUGGUCGAUAGCUGCAAUCAGCUGUGCGCGCUCAUCACAAAAUUAACAAUUGUGCGACGAGUCCAGGGACUUCACAAUAAACAAUUGUGUGGAUUUUGCAUGACGAGUCCAGGGACUUCACAAUAAAAUGUAAAUCAACAUUGCCGGAAGUAAUAUAACCGUGGUCAAGACAUGGUGGUGCUCGCAGUUUCGAUUGUGCUUUGGACGCGGAUUGUCGAUAAACAGAAAUCGAAUUGGAAUGUCAGCAAGCGAUGUAAUUCACUCCCCGGCGCAGCGGCGGCGCUCUCUUCCCCUUGCCCCUUACCUGGAACCCAACGACUCGAAGCUCCAGUUUGACCAACAACAACAACAAGAUCACCAUGGAAACCACGCACAACAACAACCACGCACAUCGAUGCUUAUUGAGGAUGAGGUUCACGGUGUAAUCGAGCUGCAAAGCCAUAUCCAAGAGAUCGUUGCGCAUCCACUCUUCCAGCGCCUCAAACAUGUUCACCAAUUGGGUGUCAUUCCGUGGGUCUUCGAUAAGAGGGCCGAUCACACGCGAUACGAUCAUUGCCUUGGAGUUUACAAAAGCGCGCAGGAUCACCUCAGGGCCAUCGAACGCAAUUCGCACUACGAGCCAAAACUUCCGGACUGGUGUCGUCAGGCGGUGGAGAUAGCCGCCCUCCUUCACGACAUUGGACAUGGGCCAGUGUCGCACACCUGGGAGUUGGCGAGCCAUCAUGAAUUUGAUCACGAGAAAAACGCAAUGGCCUGUGUGGAUACAAUUUUCAAGGAUGCCCUCAAUCCGGAGCUUGUCUCCUUGAGAGACGAAGGUGGUGGGCGAGGUGUUCAAUUGAUUAAGGCUUUAAUAUUGGGAUGCACUGAGAUGCUGUCGUUCCCCAUGCUGGGACAUACCUACAUCUUUGAUAUUGUACAUAAUCGUCGCUGCGGAUUGGACGUGGAUAAAUGGGAUUAUCUACGGCGUGAUAACAAGCGCCUGAAAAUUCUCAACUCUGCGGAGAUGGAUUUUGAUGAUGUAUUUCUUCAGGCUCGCAUAUCACCUGAUGGACAACGCAUCGAGUAUCGUUAUGCAGACUAUCAUCGCAUAUAUCGCUUGUUCGAGGCGCGAUCGCUCCUCCACGUAAAGGCCUAUCAAUAUCCGCUAACUUGUGCCGUGGAUGUUAUUUUUAGCAAGGCAGUACAACGUGUGGCUCCAGAACUAUUCAACAUUCGCUCAACGGAUCCAAAGUGGCUGCAAUUGAUUGACGAUUAUGUAUUGAAUGUAAUAGAAAGGGAUCCUCUAUCGAGGUAUGUAAAGGAACCUCAACGAAUUGUAGAAGUCCCGAGCAACGAUUCUUCCGGAUCGGACAUCAUACGGGUGCGCAGGAUUAUACCUGGACCUUGGGAGCUAAUGAAAUCCGCAAAGGAUUUUGCUUUCUUUGGCAAUAAACGCAAUAAGCGUCCAAUUACUCCAUGUGAAAGCCCGACAAUAGUCAGCAAGUGCUUUAAGUUACAGUAGAAACAUGACCAGGAAAUGGUUAAUGGUAAAGUCGUCAAACAAACGUAUGUUAUUGUUUGUAUCGUUUCGUUUUCUUAUAUUUUAUAAACUAUAUAUUAUGAAAUUAUGUAAAAAUACUCAACGGUUGCGUGUGUAAGCGACCAUAUUUAAUCCCUUUAUAUUUUGUUAUUCAGCACACUCUUAUACCAUUCGUUGAUUUUUUU